AAACUUAUUAUCAUGCUACAACCGCCAGAUUGGCAGGAUCCUGUACGUGCAUUUUCUACAUAUUAAUAAAAAACAAGAGAAACAGACUACAUUUGCCGAAUGUACUCUCUAAAUGUAAAUCAAUGAAAUUUACUCUAUUGCAGUGAUAAAAUUAUCAUCAAUAACUAAUUAUAAUAGUCAUUUAGCGAUUUCAAUUAAGAACGGAGUUUUCUCACUAAAUUAUAGUGUUUUGUCACCAAAAAACGGUGCAUAUACCAUUGAUUGAUGUAGUUAUGAGUUUAAAAAUCUAUUCACUGUCUUUCAGUAGGUAAUACACUGGUUCCGAUUUAAAGUAAUUUAUAUACUUAUAACGAAUAUUAUGGUCAUUUUUUAAUAUUUCUGAAUUUAUGCGCAAUUAUUUAAAUAAAAUAAUUUAACUAGAAAAUUUAUGGAAUAUAUCAAAGUCAUGUACGUCAAAGUUAUCAUAAAAGAAAAUUAAUCAACGUAAAUAUUUUCAUACGGACUGUCUAAAUCGGAAUGUAUUAUUCACUGAAAAACAGUCUAAUUUUAAUGCUAUAUUUAUAACUAUAACUAUAUCAGUCAUAGAUAUAUGCAUUUCACGGAUUUUGGUUAGUGAGAAUAUCCUCUUCUUAAUCAGAAUCAUUGUAGUCACUUGCAGUUAUAAAUACUGCAAAUCAGUAAGAUUUUACUAUUUUAUAUUUAGAGAGUCAAUAUAAUUAUUUAUCUUUAAACUUUUUUUAGGCUUGCUGUGAGAUCGCUCCUACAAGCGGUUUAAACUAAUCCCAUAGUUGCAUAUUACUGCGAAAGAAGUCGUGAAAGAGAAAUAUUAUGCAUCACAAAAAUUAUUGCUCGUUGAUAAUUCCAAGGUACAUCAAAUCAAUACCAUAACUUUACCGUUUCUAUUUGCCAUUACCUACUCUACGUGAUGAAACUUUGUAACAAGAAAAUCCAAGAAAACAAUACGUGACUAUAAUGUGUUUAACGGAAUGGAAACACGGAAAAGAUCAACCACUGCCCCAGUUGGAUCGAUGGUAACAUUUUGGCAAGCAGAAGAAAAUAUCACGAAAGUUAGAGGACCCACUAUUACACUUUGCCAUGACGGAAUAACUGGAUGUGGUCUCUAUCUAGCAUUGAGUUUCUUGUUGGAACGAAUGGUUGUCGAAAAAGAAUGCGAUGUUUAUUUAGCGGUGCAAUCUGUCAAACGGUCAAAAAGAGAUUUUGUUUCUUCUCUGGUACAUCUGGAAUAUUUAUAUGAUGCUGUAGAGGCUGUGUUUUAGGAGUUUUUCAUAAGCUAUGCGAAUUUUUUGUAAAGCAAAAAUAAUCAAGCUAUAUUCUCGCAUACACAUACAGCAAUGCUUCGACAUAACAUCAUGCACAAAUCAUGUGAAUAUUCAUAAUGAAAUCUCUCGCACUACGAAGAGGGUGAAACAAAGGUUGUCGAAGACUUUCUUCAAUAACUACAACGAUGUAAUCGUGGUACCGCGACAUUGAAGGUCAUAGUGAAGAAUCUUCCUGAGAAAAAAGUCCACCGUUAAAGAAAAUAACAAUGUUUUAGCUAUAUUUGAAUUAUUUUUUAAAGUUUAACAUUCUUUUUUUAUUAUAUAAUCAUAAUCAAUUAUUGAUAUCAUCUAUACUGAUUGUAUAAUUUACUGAAAUUAAGAAAAAGCAAUUACAUUUCUUAAUAUAAUGUUUCACACAA